AUGAAUAUUGAUCAGAUUCUCAAUGAGUCUAACCGACAAGGCAAUGCCAAACUACUCCCAUCUCAUCUCCCCUCUGACGACGAUCCCCCGAAAUCGCUGCCGCAGCCACAGCCGCAGGUUUCAGAAGAUACCACCGACGCUGUGAAUCGGAGAUCAAGCACGGCUGCGAAUGCGUCGCCGCGAGCGCAGUCAGAGGAUAGCGAUGGGGUGGAAGAAAGAGGUGAGAAAGAAUCGUCGGCGGGUGUAGAGGCAAUUGCGGGGGACAAAAGCUCGCCUGCUGUGAAGAAGGAUGUGGCAGAGAGUCUGCAGUCGUCUCCGGUGGCUCCGGUGGAGGGGACAGGGUCGUCUGAACAGCGGCCGAUUGCAAGUGCCUCGAGUAAGCGAAAAUCCAUAAGUCAGUUUCCGUCAUUUCCGCAUCCUCCUCCACCACCACCUUCGCUACAGAAUCAGCAACCACAACAGCAACCACAACAACCACAGCAUCAGCAUCAGCAGCAACCACAGCAUCAGCAUCAGCAGCAACCACAGCAUCAGCAUGAACAAAAUUUCCCAUCACAGCCACCCAUACAAUACGCCCAGCAACCUCAGCCUCCGCCAUUUCAGUACGCGUAUCAGGGCCAUCCGCAACAACCCGCCUAUGCUGUUCCACAACACUACCCUCCCUACGACCAACAGUCGUACGCACAUGUUUCUGGACCGGGCCAGGUUGGAUACAUCACACAACAGAUGCCGCAGCCGGUCUCUUGGCCGGCGAGACAGGCGCAGCAACAGCAGCAGCAGCAGCCACUUUCGCAGUCGCAACCACAGGGACAGACCUGGGCACCGUCGACCGCUGAAUACGCAGGGCCUCAGCCUUAUGCGCUGAUUGCGCAACCAGCAUACGGCGCGUACGAUACAGUCCGGCAGCCACCGUAUAUGCCGCCUGGUGUCCAGCAACAACAACAACAGCAGCAGCAAUCGUCUUGGACGGUGGCUCAACCACAGGCGCAACGGCAAGUACAGCAGCCAGAGACAAUAUCGCAGCCACGGACGAAGGGGUACGGAUAUGAAAGUCAAGCAGCGGCCGGAGCAGAGGAGGAAAGCCAGGAAGAUCCACGAUCUGCUGGUUCUAGCUCUGGUGUGCGCCCGAAGAGGAGGAAAGCUCCGAAUUCGACAUGGACGAUUGACGAAGAUCGUCAGUUGGUCGAGAUGGUGCUACGGACAUUGCCACGACAGGAUUUUGGCGAAUAUGCGCAGGUUCUGAAUAAGAGAGAUGCGCAGACUGUGCGGUACCGGUGGAAAGUAUUGGUGCGGAGAGCAAAAGGCGAGAUCGAGGAGCAGUAG